AUGGAGAACAACACAACAGCUGAGUUUGUCUGCAACCACACGGAUGCAUGGGAGUGGGUUUACACCAUGCAGCCUGCCUAUAUGUCGAUCAUCUGUCUUCUGGGAGUAAUCGGCAACUCCUUCGUGCUUUGCGUCCUCUGUCUUCAGAAGCGGAGAAGUUCUGUUGCUGACAUCUACCUGAGCAAUCUGGCAGCAGCUGAUCUCCUCAUGGUUUCCUGUCUGCCGUUCUGGGUAUCAACUAUAAUCAACAAGUUCCACUGGAGAUUUGGGGAGUUCAUGUGCCAGCUUGUCAAUAUUGUCAUUGGGAUGAAUUAUUAUUGUAGUGUGUUGUUCCUUACUGUUGUGAGUAUGGACAGAUAUAUGGCUCUCACUAAACCAUUGUCCCAAGGAAGGCAGAGGCAGGCUUUCUGGGCACAUGGAAUUUGUGUAACCAUUUGGAUUGUUGGUAUCUUCCUCAGUUUUCCUGCUGUUCUUUUCCGCUCUGUGCAGUUCUUCCCCCAUCUGGGCAUUGAUGCAUGCUACCUAGACUACCCUCAUGAAGGGUGGCGAUUGCGGUACAACAUAACUGUGAACAUAGUCUGCUUUCUCAUUCCUGUCCCAGUUGCAUUGUUCUGUAGUUACCACAUUAUUAAAGUCAUUCUAAAGAGACAGAAGAUGAGAAGAAGCAACCGCGGGAGUGCGGAGAGGAAGGCAGCGUACCUUGUGCUUAUUGUUUUGGCUGUGUUCAUUCUCUGCUGGCUGCCUUACCAGAUUCUGAUCUUCUUUGACACCUUGGAUCACUAUGAGGUCAUCUCUGGAUGCACGUGGGCAUAUGUGCUGGACAUUGGCAACCAGUUAGCUACGUACCUUGGCUACAGCAACAGUGCAUUGAAUCCUUUCUUGUAUGUGAUUGUUGGGAAGAACUUUAGGGAGCGGGCAAGGGAAGUGUUUAAACCCCUUCAGUGCAGGAGGAAAGACCAGCGUGAUGCAUCUGGUCAUGGUAAUGCCAAUCUCAUCUCAAGUAAACAAACAGAGAGCACAAAAAUCUAA